GACGGCGCGGCUUUCGUCGUCGUCGGCAGCUGAGGGUUUCGGUUGUCUUCUGUUCGCUGCGAGGUCUCCGGUAGCCGCCCAUCCCCCGGCUCCUCUCCCGCGCUCCGGGAGCAGGUGCCGGGUCUCGUGCGCCUCAGCGGAGCACAGCCGCCGGCCACUCGCGCGGCAUCAGGACCGAUGGAGGGCUCUGAGGCAAACUACGUGGAGAGCGGCGGCGGGAUUCCCUCGCCUGAGGCUCUCGGGGAGGCUGUCGAGUCUCCACAGCACCCGCUGUCCCCGAGAGGCGAGGGCGCGGCUGGGCCUGGGGAGCUCGACGGGUCGGCCCAGAGGGCGGAAGGCGAGGGCGAAGUCGCGCCGCGGCGGCCUCUGAGGGCAGUCUAUGUGUGCAGCGAGAGCCCUCAGGGUGACGCCGCCGGCAGCCCUGAGGUGGGAGCGCAACGGUGUCUGCUGCGGGCCUGCGAGGCUGAGGGCGCCCACCUCAGCAUCGUGCCCUUCGGGAAACUCGACUUCGGGGAGACGGCCGUUCUCGACACCUUCUACAAUGCAGAUGUUGCUGUGGUGGACAUGAAUGAUGUCUCCAGACAGCCUUCGCUCUUCUACCAUCUUGGAGUUCGAGAAAGCUUUGACAUGGCCAAUAAUGUGAUCCUGUACCAUGACACCAACGCUGACACUGCUCUUUCAUUGAAGGAAGUGGUAACUCAGAAAAACCAAGCAUCUAGUGGAAAUUAUUACUUCAUCCCGUACGUCAUGACAACUAGCGCUGAUUAUUUUUGCUGCGAGAGUGACACCCAGAGGCAUGCCUCAGAGUACAUACAGCCCAACUCAGAUGCCGCCCUGGGUCCGCUGUGUGUGCCCCUGGUGGACAGGUUUAUUAGCCUCCUGAAGGAUAUCCACGUGACCUCAUGUGCUUCUUACAAAGAAACCUUGUUAAAUGACAUCUGGAGAGCUAGAGAGAAAUACCACGGUGAUGAGUUGGCAAAGGAACUGGCUCGGAUCAGACUCCGCGUGGAUGAUAUCGAAGUUCUGACCUCAGACAUCAUCAUCAGUUUACUGCUGUCCUAUCGCGAUAUACAGGACUAUGAUGCAAUGGUGAAGCUGGUAGAAACACUGGAAAUGCUGCCUACGUGUGAUUUGGCUGACAAACAUAAUAUUAAAUUCCACUAUGCAUUUGCACUGAACAGGAGAAACAGUACAGGCGACCGUGAGAAGGCUCUGAAAGUCAUGCUGCAGGUUCUGCACACCUGUGACCGCCCAAGCCCCGACAUGUUCUGCCUGUGUGGAAGGAUCUACAAGGACAUCUUUUUGGAUUCAGACUGCAAAGAUUCUGCCAGCCGAGACAGUGCCAUUGAGUGGUAUCGCACAGGAUUCGAGCUCCAGUCAUCUCUUUAUUCGGGAAUUAACCUUGCAAUUUUACUGAUAGUUGCUGGACAACAAUUUGAAACAUCCAUGGAACUAAGGAAAAUAGGUAUCCAGCUGAAUACUUUGUUGGGAAGAAAAGGGAGCCUGGAGAAAAUGGACAAUUACUGGGAUGUGGGUCAGUUCUUCAAUGUCAGCAUGUUGGCCAGUGAUGUCGGGAAGGCCAUCCAGGCAGCAGAGAUCUUGUUCAAACUGAAACCUCCAGUCUGGUACCUGCGAUCUGUAGUUCAGAAUUUGUUAUUAAUUGAGCGCUUCAAGAAACCCGUUAUCGAACAUUCACCCAAGCAAGAACGGCUUAACUUCUGGUUAGAUAUGAUUUUUGAGGCAACAAAUCAAGUUACUAAUGGACUCAGAUUUCCCGUUCUGGUGAUAGAACCAACCAAUGUCUACCAGCCUUCGUACAUCUCUGUAAGCAGUGAAGCUGAGGCUAGGAUGAUUUCUCUGUGGUAUGUCUCAUCCGAAGAAAUGAAACAAAUCCAUGAAUGGAAUUUUACAGCCUCUUCCAUUAGGGGACUAAGCAUAUUCAAGUUUGAUGAACGGUGUUGUUUUCUUUAUGUCCAUCAUAAUUUUGAUGACUUUCACAUCUGCUUUCCCACCAAAGACCACUGUCAUAGGUUUUGCACUUUGGUCAAAGAGAUGAUAACCGUUGCAAUGGGCAGUACAGUGGAGCUGGAAGUAGAUGCUCAAGGGGAGGCCUUAGACUACGAGUAUGACUGUGAGGCAGAUGGCGCUCGAGUUGUGCUGGGGAAAGGCACGUUCGGGGUUGUGUAUGCUGGAAGAGAUCUGAGUAAUCAAGUGCAAAUAGCCAUCAAAGAAAUCCCAGAAAAAGAUAGCAGGUACUCCCAGCCUCUGCAUGAGGAGAUAGCCCUGCGUAAGUACCUCAAGCACUGCAAUAUUGUUCAGUACCUGGGCUCUGUUUCUCAGAAUGGCUAUGUCAAGAUAUUCAUGGAACAGGUCCCUGGAGGAAGCCUUUCUGCUCUUUUGCAAUCUAAGUGGGGGCCAAUGAAGGAGCCUGCUAUCAAGUUUUACACCAAGCAGAUCCUGGAAGGCCUUAAGUAUCUCCAUGAAAACCAGGUUGUGCACAAAGACAUAAAGGGUGAUAAUGUUCUGGUGAAUACCUAUAGUGGAGUGGUGAAAAUCACCGAUUUUGGAACCUCUAAACGUUUUGCAGCAGUGAAUCCACGUGCAGAGACUUUUACUGGCACUAUGCAAUACAUGGCACCUGAGAUUAUUGAUCGAGGACCUCGCGGGUAUGGUGCCCCAGCUGAUAUCUGGGCCCUGGGCUGCACUGUCAUUGAGAUGGCCACUGGCAAGCCUCCGUUCCAUGAGUUCGGCGAGUCACAGGCAGCAUUGUUAACAGUGGGGUUCUUUAAGAUCCACCCCGAUAUUCCCAGCAAGCUUUCAUUGGCAGCCAGAUCCUUCAUUCUAUCCUGUUUUGAGCCUGACCCCCAAAAACGUGUCACCGCUGCUGCCCUACUCAGAGAACGUUUCUUAAGGCAGGUGAACAAGGGCAAGAAGAGCCGAAUUGCUUCCAGGUUAUCAGAGGAUGCCGAGGACCCCAUCCUGUCCCUGCCCAUGUUGGAUGAUCCUGUGGACGGCAGCGAACUCAGGUCUGUUUCCCCGGCCUCAGACAUCCAGUCCUACUCUUUCUUGAAAAAUGCCGAUGAGCCCAAGGACGGACUCAGCGACCUGCUCAGUGUUCCAGAUGAGAGCCUGGCCUCAGAAGAGCGGAGCACAGUCAACGCCGACGACAGGUACCUGGAAUUGUUCCUGCUGCGCAAGGACAGUGAGCGCCGUGCUAGCCUCUGCAAAAUCCUUUGGGACGAGCAGAACCAGGUGGCUUCCAACCUGCAGGAGUACGUGGCCCAGAGUUCUGGAGAGUUGCACCUCUCAAUUGGCCACAUCAAGCAAAUAAUUGGGAUCCUGAGGGAUUUCAUCCGCUCCCCGGAGCACAGGGUGAUGGCAUCCACAAUAUCAGAGCUAAAGGCGGACCUGGACUUUGACAGCUCGUCCAUCAAUCAGAUUCAGCUGAUACUGUUUGGAUUUCAAGAUGCCGUGAAUAAAAUUUUGAGAACCCACUUAAUUAGACCCCACUGGAUGUUUGCGAUGGACAACAUCAUGCGGCAAGCGGUGCAGGCUGCAGUCACCAUUCUCAUCCCAGAGCUCCAAACUCACUUUGAGCCCGGCUCAGAGACCGAAGAGGUGGAUAAGGACCCAGGUGAGAUGAAGGAGGACUCUCCCCCAGCAGACCCGCCCAGAAUCGAAGCACAUGCGAGAUACGGAGGGAACAGACCCACAGUAGCACUUGUCCGGGAGGUCCGGCUUCAGCAGCUCUACCAGCAGCACCUGAGCCUCAAGCUGGGGAGGCUCAAGCAGGAGACCAACAGACUUUUGGAAAACCUAGUUCAAAAAGAGAGAGAGUACCAGAAUUUCCUACGGGAAACCUUAGAACAGAAAACUCAAGAAUUGGAUCACCUUGAGUCAGAAAGCAAAUUGAAUAUCAUUACAGAGACCCCAAUAUCCCUUCGUUGGCAGAAAACGGAUAAAGAGCUUGUAGAGUGGUUACAAAUGCAAGGAGCGGAUGCAAAUGCAAUUGAAAAGAUUAUUGAAGAGGGUUAUACACUUUCUGAUAUUCUCAAUGACAUCACUAAGGAAGAUCUAAGACACCUCAGACUACGCGGCGGCCUCCUCUGCAGGCUCUGGGCCGCAGUCUCCCAGUACAGACGACGGGCUCGGGGGACCCCAGCCACCGAAGAUGAGGCUUAACCAGUCAGCUAAGCCAAGCCAGGGGAACAGAGGGAGCAAGGAGCCAAUAUCUUUGUUAAGCAUUACUGUUUUUUUUUUUUGAACCUGUUAUUCAUCAAUGUUUUAUACGUGACUAGAACUGUAUUGUGAGAACAGUGAUUGUGAACCCUAAUUUUGACAUCUAGGGUAAAGAUCUUAUAGAGUGGUUACAACUGCAAGGAGCAGAUGGCGUAUUCAAAAAUGGAAUUGUCCUGGUUAUAAUUAAUAAAGUUUUGAAAUGA